AUGAGAGUGACUGAUAAUGAUGAACCUUUCAUAUUAGCUGAUAACUUAUAUUGUGCAUCCUUAGACUGUCCGAGUGUGUCUGCCCGUGACGUCAGUGGGACGCUCCUCACGAUUCCCGCUCUGGACUCUAGUCUUCCUGUCCCCCUCCAUCAGUUCACCUGGCUGCUCCGUGUGCAGGAUCAAGGCACCGUGGAUCUCAUGUCUCCAAAAGGAAGCCUGCACCAGUCUGUACCAGACAAGCAGUGUAAUGAGAGAGUCUUGCUGGUCAUCUCUGAGACCGAGGGCUCCAACAUUGGCCUGUUUUGCUCUGCAGCUGAAGGCGCUGUCCAAAAAAUCCAAAUCAAAGGGAAUGUUUCCAUUACUGUAACGCCUAAUAAUACAAAAGACCUGAGCCAGGAGAAAGAACCUUUCUUAAAAGUCAGCACUAGUCCAGAGAUCACUGAAAAUGUAAUCUACAGUGUAAUUCCUCUCAUUUCGGGACCUGCGUACCUUGCGACACCAAACUCGCCCAACAGCAUGAAUCCUUCCUCGUCUGUCUCAUGGAUCAUCUACAUUCCCCAAGAGUACACGGCCGAGCUGAUGUUCUCCAAUAUCGUCAACCCCACAUGUGACUCGGGUCACACCGAGGUCACAGUCGGACCACUGGACUCUCAAGUUCAAACACAGACCUGGAGAGAAGAUCAGAGCUUCCCCAGCCCCAUCAUCCAGCAGCAGAGCUUCUACCUGAACAUGUCCAACUGCGAGCCCAAGAGCGGCCGCUUCGCUGUGCUCUCAAAGAUCAGUCUGCAGGAUUUAAUUUCAGAUACAAUGUUUUUCUGUAAAGCUUUGAACUAA